AGGAAGGGAGGCUGUACCCGACGCCAUUAUAAGGAAGUAUGUUUAAGUAAUAGGACACCUGCUGCUAAAGUUCUUUCCCAGGAAGUAGGCAGGGGAAAAUAAGGGAGGGAGAAACAGAAGCAUAGGUAAACGAGUGUGACACACCAAGCCUGAGUGGCUUUCUCAUAAGCAGCAAGGAACUUUCUCCGUUGGACAGACAAACUCUUACAUUCUCAAGGAGCAGAAAGGAGGCUAGCUUGAACUGCAGACUGAAAGACUACGCUGAGGAGAUUUCUGGACCACCCUGCUUGCUUGCAACUGGAAUGACGUGUAGCUUUUUCUUUCACAGUGUUCGCAGUGUGUGUUACUAAGCAACUUCAAAUUCCUAGCUAUCCAGAGAGAUUAUAAAAAUGGGGACUGUAUUUUAAUCACAAGAAAUUUGUUGUGGCUAGGAUUGUCAGAUGAAUCUUGGAAGCACUGGAUUAUUUUUUUCUUUGGCUGAAGGAUCCAAAAUAAUGUUGUGGAAAAGCCUGAAGUUUUUGCUGUGAGAACAGAGUACAGCUGCAAUGCAGCUUUCCGUACCAAAAGAAAGGAAGAUAAGAGGGUCUUUUACAAGGCAGUAAUUGAAGCACUGCUGGUGUGGGUGAGAGGAACCAAAGUAUUUGCCCUCACAAAAGGCUUUUGUGUACUCAACCAAAUGGAACUGUAGCACAUACAGGUGGAAAAAAGGGUAUUUUGUGACACUAACUGGAUACACCUUAGUGAUUUGUGGAAUUUACCCGGCCAGUUGGAUUUGAAAUGGUUUGGGGAAGUGGUUUAGGGAAAUCUGUUAAAUGAUCCCUAAUUACAGAAUGUGUUAACACUUAUCCUGACAUUCAGGAGAAGAAUCCACUGGGUUACUCUACCAUCCAACCCGGGGCAAUCUGCUGUCCUACACUAUGUUUUUGAGGGCAGACUCUGAGCGGCAAGCAGGGGAAAAUGCAGUGCUUAAGUCAUUCCGAACACUGCCUGAGGAAGAGUCAUGUUUACACCCUGUAAACAAUGGUAAACUUAAGAAAAGCUGUAAUAGUGUUGUCGGCAUAGAUCCUCCAGGAACAGCACUUAAACAUGAUGCCAGCAGUACUUUUGAGGGAACAGUUGAAUCUUGGGAGAUUGAAUCCUGUAAGGAGGAAGUUCUGAUAUGCUCCCCCUUUUCAUCUUGGAGAAGGCCUUUUUCCACUUCUUCCCCUGUUGUGGCAGACUCAGAUUUGGUGCAGGUAACCAGAGUGGAGACUUACAGUGACACAGAAAAUGAAGAAGAAAAUGAUAGCAUCCUUGGCCGGUCUGAUGAACAGGAGCCCACUGAGACAUCCUUCUCGCUUCAUAAGGGUAAAGAGACAGAUUGUAACUCGGAUCAGGUGCUCUGGCUUGAUAGGGGGAGUGAUAUGUCUACGGCAGACUUCACAGCCAAAAGUAUUUUGGAGCGAUCUCUGAAAGACAUCUCUGUUCUAAAGAAGUCAUGUUAUAAUGGACGGCUCGACAGGCAGCUAGACUGCUCUUCUCUCCAGUCAGGCAAUUCGAAGCAAAAAAUUCUGUCCGAGAGCUCUUGGGAGUGUGCAGAUCUUGGCAGCCUAGGUGACAAAGCUGUAGAUAUGGGCUCAAAUGUGUCAGCUGCCUGUAGUUCUACUGCAAGGAGCUAUACCUAUCCAGAUGUGCCUGUAGACUCGAGUGACCAUGAAGAAAUUUCUUCAUCAUAUAUGACUGAGGACUCUCUUCAUAUGCCCUCUUCGAGUGGAAAUUGCUCGGACUCUUCAUUGCUCUCAGAGGAUCUAAUUUCUCCUCAUCAAAGGGGCUGGAGAACAGCUCAACCACCUACAUCUGUUUCGGUUGAAGAAAUCAGUGGCACCAGUUCAAUAGAGUCCUACGACUGCACAAGCCCUACCUCUACAGACUCAGCUCCUCAGCCGGGGAGCAGUGUGACAAAGAGCCAUUCAUGUACAUACCAGGAAGAGUCCCCAACUGACUCUGUGCCAAGUGCUAUUUCUCCUCCUUCACAAGGCAGGAGACAGAGUACGCCUGCAACCAAGAGGACCACCACGGACCCUCCCAGAUCGCUUGCUACAUCCACACCCAGGGAGCCCUUCCAGCUGCCAGCCUUGUUCAGUGGAUUACGAGUGCUGAAGAAGGGUGCUGUGGGGGAAGAGAGAGAAACUGUGUCUGAGAUCAAGCAAAGGGACGCUGACCGAGCAUUGCUGAGCCUAAAACAGCAUGUCAACAAAGCUAAGUUUGAACAGCAACUAGCUAGUACCUCUUCCCCCAAAAAGAAAGCUGUACCCAAAGAUGUUUCUGAGCCCAAGAACCGGUUGUGGCGGCUCCUAACUUUUGAUGAUGCCAAGAAUGAGGACAGUAAAGAUAAAGAGUUCAAGGACAUCGUAGACCUCAAAGCAGAGGAAGAGGUCUUAGCAGGGAAUGUUGCACAGGAUGACAUUGAGCCAAAUGACAGCAGUAAAGGCACAGAUAGUGCAUUUGAUGCCUUCAAGUUUUUCUUCAGUCCUAAGCCCCAUAAGAAGGAUCCUGCAGAUGUGUCAGUGGACCUAGAGGCUAUCAAGAGGAAAAGAAAGAACGAAAAAGAGUUGCUUAAGGCUAUCUUUGAGAGAUCUGCGAGCAAAUCGCCUGUUAGUGACAAGAACACAACAGAGGUCAAAUCUGAGGUCUCCUCCCCAACUGACAGCGAAGACAGGACACCUGGGCGCCUUCAAGCAAUCUGGCCCCCGCCCAAACCUAAGGAUGAGGAGGAGAAAGUGGGACUUCGAUAUACUGAAGCAGAGCACCAGGCUGCCCUGCUUCAGCUGAAGAGAGAAUGCAAAGAGGAGGUGGAAAAGCUGCAUGCCGACUUUGAGCUCCAGGUCUUCCAGUUGCGGGGAGAGCAUGCUGUGGCAGUGUCCCGGCUGGAGGGAGUCAUUGCCGAAAUGCAGCGGAUGCAGAACGGCUCGUUGCAGGACCGGGGGAGCCUGCGGGAGGCCUGUGUCUCCACUGAAGACGAUAUACCCCCCAAAACGUACCGCACUGUCUGCAUCCAGACUGACCGUGAGACCUUUAUCAAGACGCCGCCAGAGGAGGAGGGAUCCAAGUUGACCCCGAGCCCCAGUCUCAGCCUCCCCAAAAAACUCGACCUAGACUCUAUUACCAUGACCUUGGGUGUGACCCCAGGACCUCCACCUCCGCCACCUCCUCCUCUGCCAGGCCAGUCACAUGGCUCAGCAGCUCUGCCUGCACCACCGCCUCCACCACCACCACCACCACCUCCGCCACUCCCUGGAUCCAUAGCACCACCUCUACUGCACCCUGGAUCCGUAGCACCACCUCCUCCACCCCCUUUGCCUGGACUUGGAUCUGCACCACCUCCACCUCCACUCCUCCCUGGAGCUCCACUGCCUCCUCCACCCCCUCCACCUGGCAUGCCUGGUGUCCCUCCUCCACCCCCACCCAUGCCUGGGUGUGGCCCCCCACCCCCUCCACCUGCCUUUGGUGGCUUUGGCUUUGGCCAAGCCACAGAUAAACCCCCCCGGAAGCCAGCUCUAGAGCCCACCUGUCCAAUGAAGCCCCUCUACUGGACUAGGAUUCAGAUUCAUGAUAACAAUAAUAGCACGCUGUGGGGUUCUUUGGAAGAGCCAGACAUAAUUGAUACAAAGGAGUUUGAAGAUCUUUUCUCCAAAGCCUCAUUGCAGCCCAAGAAGAAGCCUCUUUCUGACACCUAUGAGAAGAAGACGAAAGCUAAGAAGAUUAUCAAACUGUUGGACGGGAAGCGUUCUCAGGCAGUGGGAAUCCUAAUAUCCAGCCUUCACCUGGAGAUGAAGGAUAUUCAGCAAGCUGUUCUUACCGUGGACAACUCCGUGGUGGAUCUGGAGACCAUUGAAGCUUUAUAUGAAAAUAGAGCUCAGAGUGAUGAACUGGAGAAGAUCAAAAAACAUUAUGAGACAUCGAAAGAAGAUGAAGUCAAGCUAUUGGACAAGCCUGAGCAGUUUCUUUAUGAGCUUUCUCAGAUUCCGGAUUUUGCUGGCCGCGCUCACUGCAUCAUAUUCCGGUCAGUGUUUCAGGACGCUAUAUCCUCCAUUCAUCGCAAAGUAGAGAUCAUCUCCAGAGUAUGCAAGGCACUCCUGGAGAGCAGCACUCUUAAAGAAGUGAUAGGCCUGGUCCUAGCCUUUGGGAACUAUAUGAACGGUGGGAACAGGACCAGAGGGCAGGCUGAUGGAUUCGGUUUAGAAAUUCUUCCUAAAUUGAAGGAUGUCAAGAGCAGGGACAACCGGAUCAGUCUGGUGGAUUAUGUGGUGUCAUACUACCUACGAAACAUAGAUGAGAAUGCAGGAACAGAUAAGAGUGUUUUCCCACUGCCUGAGUCUCAGGAUUUGUUCCUGGCUGCACAAGUCAAGUUUGAUGACCUCUCAAAGGACCUCCGAAAGCUAAAGAGGGAUCUCACAGCCUCUGAAAAGAACGUGCAAAAGGUGUGUGCCAACUCCUCAGAGGAUCAUCUUCAGCCAUUCAAACACAAGAUGGAGGCUUUCAUCGCUACUGCGCAAGCAGAGUAUGCAGCUGAAGAUGACAGCCUGAAUGCUGCCCAGAAAAGCUUUCAGGACAUGGUGGCCUACUUUGGGAUCAAGCCCAAAUCUGGAGAAAAAGAGGUUGCUCCCAACUACGUUUUCAUGCUCUGGUUUGAGUUCUGCAACGACUUCAAAAACACAUGGAAACGUGAGAGUAAGAACAUCUCCAAAGAGAGACUAAAAGAAGCUCAACUGAAUGUCCAGAAGAUCACAGCUGAGAAGAAGGUGGAGAUAAAGAAGGUCAAUGCCAACAGUCUGAAAGAGAGGCUGAGGCAGAAAGAAGCAAGUGUGUCCUCCAGCUGAAGAUAAAAGGAGAAAGGCAAGAACGAGAGCUUUCCAUCCUUUCCAACAUCUACUCUAAGAGAGAGAACUGUUUCCAAAGGAGCCGUUCACCAUAACCCACUCCAGACUUCUUUAAUGUGAAAGCCAUAACAAAGAUCUGAGACAUGACAUUUUCUCUAUUGCGAAUGUGCAAUCAGUGGUGGUGGGACUGCUCAUGUUCAGUGUUCAGUGUGGGACCUAGAUAGAGUUGAAAAGCUUUUAGAGAAGAACUGAAGAUGCUGAUGGAUUUCUCAUGGCUCUCUUCAUCUCCACACAAAGAACUAACAUAUCGUGAGCAGUGACCCUUUGCUUCUGCAGUAGGGCCGUCUAAAGGUGCUACGGGGGGCUUAAUGGGUUAAUUAAGCAAACACUGUAGCAAACACUUGCAAUUCCAGCAUAUUUUUUAAUUAAACCAAAUGUUUAAAGUAAGCCUCACAAAGUUAGACAGGUUUAGCUCCAAAAAGAGGGCACUGGUGAAGCAAUAUGCAGACAGACCGUUAUAAGGCUUAAUGAAUGAAUAGUAUAUUAAAUCCCUUUUACAACACACACAAGAGAUCACUGCUGUUUCAGCUUGUUUAGUUUAGGGCAAACAAAAUUGACACAUUUGUUGAUUUGUUUCCCCUUUUUUCAUCUCAGCAGACAAAAUGGGAGACAGACAAAUAUCAUUAGCAGUAAAAACCUCCCUCACAAACCUCAAGUGACCAACCGCAACGCAAAAAUCAGUCAGCAUGUUUUUCUUGUUUUUGUUUGUUUAGUGACUAAUAUUGUUUUGGUAGUACUUAACUGCAUAAUGUUUUUGCAGUUUCCAUGCACUUUCUUGCUUGCAGCAGCCAUUAUGUUACUGUUUCCCUUUUCCAAACAGUACUUAUUCCUGUGUACUGUAACUCUUCUACACCUCAUUUGCAAUUUCUAUGCAGUCUCCUUUUCCAUAUUGUCCAUAUAAAACAAAAUAUAUUUAUUUUGAUAGAAUAUUGGUGAACUAACAGUUGUGGCUAGAGUUAUCUAAAUAUGUAUAUAUACAUAUAUCUCGCUGCUGUCGGACCAAAACCUCCAAAGUGGUAACAGGAGGCCUGUUCAUCAUGAAAUUUACACGCAAUCCAAAGGGCAGCCGAUACUUUCAAAUUAUGACAGAAAGUGAAAAAAUGACAAAAGUGGGGAUACAAGGUUUUGUUCCGACAGCAGCGAUCGAUACACAUACAAUGUAAAAUUAGAAAUGUGUGAACUCAUUAAUGCCUUAAGUGAAUUUCUUGUCAUUACCAAAACCUAAGCUGGCCUAAUCUGUGAUUUUUGCUGUCUUGGAUAGACUUGCUCAGUCGAAGGCAAAAAAAAAUGCUUCGUAAAACUGACGGGGAAAAGUUUAUUCAUAUCUAGAUUUUAAUUCUGUAAACACUAUUUUUUUUUUACAUCAAAAUGCAUACUUAAGUGUUUGGUGAAGAUGCUGUUGAAAUCUGACAUGAAUUCCUGUUUAUCAGAAUUGUCUGUAGAAAUAGCCAGUCACUUUAGCCUGGAAAUACUCGUUUAGUAGAACUGCCACAGUGAUCAUGGCUUUCAAAGUGCAAUAUACACUGGUUUUAAGCAGCCCUUUCUGCCUUUCCAUAGACAUAAACUUUAACCAUGCCUUGUU